UUGCUUGCUCAGCUCUUUAAAUUAUAAAUGUGUUGCUACUGAAAAGUACAUGCCUGUCCAAAUAUUUGGAAAUGUCUUCUCCUCCCUUUUAGAGAAUAAAAUAAAUUCUACCAGAUAAAAUUGCUACACCAUUUGUUCUCAGAUCCCUUUAGAAAAUUCUUUUAUUGGCUUAACCACCUAAAAACGCUCACUAAAAAAACUAAACUUUUGUAUUGAAAACACCAUCUUUUUUUUUGUUUCAACUAGGUAGGAUCUGAAUGUGAAAAAUAAGAUAGAUCCUUUCUGCAUAGUAUGUAUAAAAAACUUCACUUGCAAAAGUUAGAUAUAUUUGAAAAAUAAUAUUCUCACUUGUCCUUAUUUUGGAACAAAGGUAUUUCUAAUGCUGGGAUUUUGUUUGUUUUUUGUUUUGUUUUUCUUUUUAGGUGCCAUGCAACCAGUUAGAGUAGUAAAAAGAAAAUCUUGAAAGGAAAAAUUGAAGAAUAGCCCUAAGUCUUGGGUGUAGUGAUGUCUGUGACAAAUUAGGCUAUUCUGUAAGGCCAGUGUCCUGGUGUGGGUUUUAUCUCCAUGUAUCAGUCAACUAAUUCUGUUGCCAAAGGCUUAAUCCAACCUCACACCAGCUGUUCUCAAAAUAUAUGUUCUUCUUUGUGGGUGUAUGUUUGUUUUGUUUUUAACAAGGUGGGCUAGAUAAGAGAAAGUAGAUGAGCUUGUGCAUAAAGGCCUCUUAUCUACAUUGGAAACACAAGUCAAAAGCAGAAAAGGUCUUAUGCAUCAAAAAGAAAAACACAUCUGGUGAUGCCACUGGUGUGGAAAAUUCUAGGUGCACUGGAUUCUGCCAAAAUAAUAUUGAGAUUUAGAGCCACAAUUAAUUCAAAAUAAGGUGGAAUUUGUUCCCAGCUGGUCUCAGAAUACGUCAUGUAUUUUCCAUUUAUAGGCCAAGCUCCCUUCUCAGUAAAAUCUGUGAGAUACAUAGGAAGCAGAGGAACUCGGAUUAAACUCAUUUCUUUUUUCUUCAUAGGUUUAAGGUCCAUGAACAGGUCAGCAACACACAUUGUGACUGAGUUUGUUCUCCUGGGAUUCCCUGCUUGCUGGGAGAUGCAGAUUUUCCUCUUCUCAUUGCUUUUGGUGGUUUAUGUCUUGACCCUGCUGGGGAAUGGGGCCAUCAUCUGUGCAGUGAGAUGGCACCCACGACUCCACACCCCCAUGUACUUUCUGCUGGGCAACUUUGCCUUCCUUGAGAUCUGGUAUGUUUCUUCCACAGUUCCCAACAUGCUAGCCAACAUUCUCUCCAAGACCAAGGCCAUCUCAUUUUCUGGUUGCUUCCUCCAGUUCUAUUUCUUCUUUUCCCUGGGCACUACUGAAUGUCUCUUCCUGGCAGUAAUGGCUUAUGAUCGGUACCUGGCCAUCUGCCACCCACUGCACUACCCCACCAUCAUGACCAGGAGGAUCUGUGGCAUGCUGGUGCCUCUCUGCUGGCUCAUUGGAUUCCUUGGCUACCCAAUCCCAAUUUUCUUCAUCUCCCAACUUCCCUUUUGUGGUGCCAAUGUCAUCGAUCACAUCCUGUGUGACAUGGACCCACUCAUGUCUCUGUCCUGUGCCCCAGCCCCCAUUACUGAAUUUAUUUUCUACACUCAGAGCUCCCUUGUCCUCUUUGUCACUAUUACGUAUAUUCUUCGAUCCUAUACUCUACUGCUCAGAGCUGUUUUUCAGGUCCCCUCUGCAGCUGGCCAGCGGAAGGCCUUCUCCACAUGUGGCUCUCAUUUAGUUGUGGUGUCUCUUUUCUAUGGGACAGUCAUGGUAAUGUAUGUGAGUCCUACAUAUGGGGUCCCGACUUUGAUGCAGAAGAUCCUCACACUGGUAUAUUCAGUAUUGACACCUCUCUUUAAUCCCCUGAUUUAUAGUCUUCGUAAUAAGGACAUGAAAUUUGCCCUGAGAAAUAUCCUGGGUAGAAUGAGAAUAAGUCAAAAUUCAUGAGUCAAAGAUGUGCCAUACUUCCAAGUCCUAAUGAAGAACAAGGUGGAGACGUGCUCAUUAUUGCCAUGGUCUUUUAGUCCUCACUUUGUGGAGUUAGGGGCCAGAUAUUCUAUCUGCUAUGUCCAACUUUAAAUACCUUUCCUGUACUGAUCUACUUAAACCUUAACUCACUGGGCUUCAACACUGAGUAAAAAUUUUUUAGUGUCUGUCCUUAUUGGAAUGACACAAUGCAAUUGUUAUCUGAGAAAAGUUAGAUUUUGGUAUAACAUCAGUUUUAGAGCAAACAUAGUCACCUUUACUGAAUAAUUAAGGUGCAAUGACUUUUAACCAGGCAUGGGACAUUUCUAAACCUUUAACAGACACUUGUUGCUUAUA